UGCCAUGAUCUUCCGGCACUGGAUGGAGCUGGACGACGGGACGGCAGUGCUCAACCCGGCGCCCACGGCUGAUGACGACACCCUGGCCGCCUGCACCUUCUACAGCCAGGUGUCGACGGACCCUCGCCUCCACGACGCCGUCGACAGCAUCCAGAGCACUUUCGCGUCCGUCAUCCAGGAGCUCGACAAAGAACUGCAAAGCUGGUACUCGUACGAGCACGUGUGGCGACGCGACAAGUCCUCGACGGUGACCAAGUUCUGCGCCCGCGGCCCCUCCGUCAAGCAGUAUGACGACAAACUGCGCUUCUACACCCACUUGGCCUCGGAGCUCUCGCAGGCGCCGCAGCAGGUCACCCACGGCUGCGUCAGCCUGGACGUAAGGAAACUAGUGGGCCAAGUGGUGGGUCACACCAGUGAGUGGGUCAAGCUCCUAGGAACGGGACUCAUGAAGGAGGCGAGGUCACGCCUGCAACACGUGCUGCACAAGGUCACGACGGUGAACAAGGACCUCCAAACAGCCCCCGAGGAUCUAGUUGCUCUGACGGUGGUGAUGCGGGCCGUGGGGCGUGUCAGCCAGGACCACGCCCACCUGCACACGGCGCUCCUGGAUGUGCGCCAGAUGUUCCACACUCUGCAGGUCUACGGCAUCGUGGUCCCGAGGGAGGACCACGAGCAGCUGGAGGAGACGUCGGCGCGCCUGGAUGUGCUCCACCACACGGCGACCUCCGUUCAGAAGAACAUCGAACCCGUCCAGAAGUUCUUCCUUGCCAACACGCAGAAGAAGGUGGCUGACUUCAGCGCCGUCGUGCAAAAGUUCUGCGAGAGGUUCGAGUCCCAGGGACCGGGCGCCGUCGGGGAGGACCUGGACAAGGGCGUGGCGCUCCUGAAGGAGUACACCGAAGAAGUUUCUCAGCUGCUGGAUCAGCGUCGCGUCCUGGACGAGGAGGAGGACGUGUUCGACCUGGCGGCGACGCAGUACCCGGGUCUCGACAGCGCUAUCCACGUCAUGGACCAGAUGAGGGACGUCUUCAACGUCUACAAGCAGCUCAGGGCCAUCGAGACCACCUGGCGCACGAUGCGGUGGGCGACCGCCAAGCUGGACGAACUCAAAACGCAGGUGGAGGAGGUGCGGGAGGCGCUGCUGGCCUGCUCGGGGGCGCAGGAGACCGAGGUCGGACGCUCCCUCCUACAGCGCCUGAGCGACCACACCACCAGCCUGGAAGUAACGGCGGCGCUCAGGCAGCCGGCGGUGCAGCCGCGCCACUGGCAGCACCUCGUCACCGUCGCAGGGUGCGCCGGCGGCUGGGCCUCGGCGUCGGGGCUGGGCGGCGUGAGCGUGUGGGACGUCUUGGAACUCCGGCUGUCGCGCCACCCGCUGCUCGUCGCCUCCACCGUCGCUGCCGCCGUCAGGGAGAGCCUCCUCAGCAGCCAGAUGAGGGAGAUCACCAGGUUCUGGCAGCGCGCAAGGCUGUGCGUGCUGACCACCAGCUCGGUGUGGCGGGUGGAAGGCCUCGAGGACCAGCUGGCGACCCUCCAGCACCACAACCUCGCCCUAAAGACGCUCAGAGCCACCAAGUACUGCAAGCCCUUCGAGGAAGAGGCGAGGCGUCUGGCCAAGACUCUGGUGGCGGUGGGCGACCUGCUGGAGGUGUGGCAGGCGGCCCAGGCUGACAUCUCUCUCCUGCUGUCAGCCGCCGUCAGCAGUCUGAUCGAGGGCUCUUCUAACCUACGAGUCAAGCACAGACAGCUCCUCGAGAGGACGGAGCGCCGAUCCUUCGUGCUGGAGCUGGCGGCGAAUCCCUCGUACGUGGAGGAGGUGUCGGCCCUCCACGGCCUCGCCCGCCGCCUCAUCGCCGAUCUCGCCGACGCUCUUGCGAGACCUCGAAGGCAGUGCCCCCGCCUGUACUUCCUGACGGACCUCGAGGUGAUGGCUCUGAUGGCCCAGCCCUCGCCAGACGCCCUCGACGGCGUCAUCGCCAAGCUGUUUAACCACGUGGUUGCGGUAAAGCACGCGGACGACGCCGUGACGGGCCUGGUGAGUGCUGAAGGAGAACAGCUGAACUUCCCUGAGGCGGUCGCCCUUGUCGAGGACGUAAAGAGCGGCGAGGAAGCGGGCGUGAAUGUAGGCGUGGGCGUGCAGCAGGUUUUGGAGGCGUCACACGAGGCCAUGAAGAGCGCUGUUCACAAGGCCAUCGAAGAGUUAGGGAAAGAGACCAAAAUGCAACGCGCGAUGCUGCAGGAGACGCCCACGGCGGCGACGACGGUAGCGUGGCGGGUGUGGUGGGCGGCCAGCGUCGACCUCGCUUUGCACGCCCGUGCUAAGGGAGACCGUCAAGCAGUGAGGCAGACGCUCAGCGUGAUCACGGACGACAUCGCCGUCGUCCUGGCAGCCAUGGGGCGGGGCCACGGCGCGUCGCAGGAGCAGGACGCCCCCAAAGACGAGCAGGAGGAGGAAGCAAUGCCCCUGAGUUCGGCAAGGACGCCGGCAUCUGUUUGUUCUCAGGGCACCAGCAGGAAGGGCUCCCUGCCGCCCCUGCCCCCGCCCCGCAUCCUGCCCCUGCUGAUGGCCACCUUGCACGCGCGCGACGUCGUGGCAACGCUCGUUCGCAACAACACAAGCACCUCCCGGAGCUUCACCUGGUCGGCUCAGCCCCGGUACACGUGGCAGCCCCAACACGCGCUCCUCCAGCUGCGCGCCGCACACCGCGCCCUCGACUACGGCUACGAGUACAGCGGCUGCGGCCCGGCGGACUAUGUGCUGACGCCGCCCACAGAGCGCUGCUUGCUGGCGCUCUUCACCGCCGUCGCCGCCCACUCACCGCCCCUAAUGCUCGGCGGCGUCGACGGCGGCUGCGGGCGACACAGCCUGGUUUCGACGGCGUCUCACCUGGCCGGGAGACUCAUUACCUCAUUCACGCUCUCGCCGCUCACCUCAUCGGCGAGCCUCACGGCACUCCUCACAGGAUCGGUGGUGGGCGGAUCCUGGCUGGUGCUGCGGGCGUGCACGGAGGCCUCGCCCAGCCUGCUGGCCACCCUCGCCUCGACGCUGCUGCUCAUGCACCGCGCCCGCACCCACGACACGGCCACGCCCGUCAUCCCGAUCGCUGGCCAGGAAGCCGCGGUGCACCCUGGCGUCGCCGUCAUCCUGUGUGGGAAUGAAGCGUCCGUCCGGGCGAGGGGCAAGACGCCCGCCCUUCCGCACUCACUCGACACCCUCUGCCGCCCCGUCAGGGUGUCCGCGCCGCCGCCACGUACGCUCGUCUUCGCCUGGCUCUUGGCGCACGACGUACCCAAGGCGCAGGAGGCGAGCGAGGCCGUGGCGGAGGUGACGCGGCAGGUGCUGGAGUCGUACCCAGGGCUCGCGAGACCGGGUCUGCGUCUGUACCAGCGGGUCACCAAGGAGGUGGUGUGUUCGAUGGCCGCCCUCGCCGACGCUGUCUCGCCGCUCGAAGCCGCCAUCGCCGCCUUCAGGCAAGUGAUGCUCCCUCGCCUCCCCCAUCGACUCUCGGCCGAACGUCGCCAGCGUCCUCGACCUACUGAGCCCCGUCCCCAUCGCCACUCCCUCGUCGCCGUCCAGCGUCGACGAGGGUUUCCAGGCACAGACGCAGGCGGAGAAGAUCCUGCAGGAGAUGGGCCUGAGGAUCUUCUCCCAGCAGGCCGAGGCCGCGGAGGGCGUGGCGAGGGGCGCGCGCGAGUGGGGCUGCGUGGCGGUGCGAGGUCCCCCUCGCUCGGGCAAGACGACCGUCAUCGCCGCCGCCGCCAGGCUCCUGCAGCACGCCCUCGCCGUGGUGAUCCUCGAAGGACCCGGAGCGGCACUCUGCCUUCUGCGGCUCCACGACCUCCCAGGAACCCUUCUGCUGGAGUCCCUGAAGGCCGUGCGGAUC